AUGGUGCGAAUCACAAUGAUUUUACGUCGUACACCUGUUAUCAAAUUUCGAAAGGGUGGGUUAGGACAAUCUUCAGCCGCUGGUGCUCCUGCUGCAGUUCCUGCCGCUUCUUCUCCGGCUUCAUCUUCAGCCAGUUGCGUAUUCUCACGGACCCAACCAGCGGCUACAAUGAGCACAUGCUCCAUACCUGACAUUGACUUGCCUCUAAAAUACAGAAGGACUCCAUUGAGUCAGGAAGAAAUAGACAAGAUCAAUGGCGGUGGAGUUAUUUAG